UAAAGCAUUUUUCCAGCCAUUACAGCAAAUGUUGCCCGGUCAGUGCCCACUAAUGGACUAUUCGUGUCCGUCGGCGUGUUGGUUUACAGACACAUCGACCGGAUGCAUUACAUGUGCAUGCAAAGUUGGACAACUGAAAGUAACAGAAAAACCAAAAACUUUACCAACAACAGAUGAACCAACAACAUCAGUACCAACAACAAAUGCAAAUGUCAAUCACCACGGCAACCAAGAACACCAACAAACAACCAGAAAAUUAGUACUACCUAAUGCUCCUACUCAACAGACUCCGAUAGAGACAACAGAACACCGUACAACAUUAGAUCUGAACAAUAAAGCGACAGAACAAAAUGAAAUAAUAUCAAAAGGUCAAAACCGAAGAGUAUGUCUACCGAUCGAAGAUAGCUGUCCACUGCAUUGUCUGAACUAUGACCGUCAAACAUUUUGUGCUUUAUGCGAAUGUCCACAGACAACAACAUCGACAACAACAGCAACAACAAUAGCAACAACAGCAGACACAGCAACAGUAACAACAAAAUCGACAACAACUGUUCCAUCAACAACUGCUUCGUCACAAAGUUUGGCUUCAACAUGUAAACCACUGUACAAGUCCUGUCCUAUCGAGUGUAGAACAUACGAUACACAAACGUACUGUCCUGUCUGUAGAUGUCAGACGACAACACCACCACAAGUACCAACAACUGACAGAUGUGUUUCACUGCCAGUUGAUUGUAAAACAGAAUGUGUCAAGCUAGGAUUAAAUGGUUGUCCCGUUUGUCAGUGUCCUAAUGUCACUGUAAACUCAAAUAGUGCCGAUGUAAAUGUCACAAAAGAUUUGACUUGCCCGCCUAUAGACCGUAAUUGUCGGAAGGAAUGCAUUACUUAUGAUCCAAAAUCUUUUUGUCCACUUUGUCAAUGCAAAACCAAAGAGGAGGACACGGCGCAUAACUGAAGGUUUUGAUAUAGUACAACCAUAUACCUCAAGAACUCGAUGUCUCUUGUUAUGUCCAAUUACCCCCAAAAUGUAGAGACAAUAAAAAAGAAUGAAAAAUAACAAUAUUUUCAAAUCUCCUUAAUUAUAUAUAUAAACAGUUAAAACAUAUUAAUUAUAAAUGCUGUAAAAUUGAAAUUGUGUUCAUUAAAAUAAUUAUGGGUUAAUUAUUAGUGUGCAUGUGAUACACAUCAAAUAGCUGACAGUGUAAUUUAGA